AGGAGGCAUUUGUCUGGAGUGCCAUUCAGACCAAUGACAGCAGCAUGUGGGCGUGUGUUGAGAGUGUGUGAGGUGCUUCUGGAGUUUAGUAAAUGACUGCAGCAAGAAACACUGUGCGGCUGAGGGGCUUACGAGCGAUGGAACAGGCUCCGUGUGCCGAAAUAUCAACGUUUGGGCUUUUCUGACGAGGAUUCGAGAAAAACGUUAAAACCCAAAAUGAGCAGCGUCUCCUAACUGGACCAGACAAUGGAAGUAGCUUCCUGCAGCACUAACAAUUCACCCCUGGGAAACAAGUACGUACUAAAUCAGACUACCUCAGCCAGAGGUAGCUAAACUCACGCGCGGCUCGAAAGCGGCACAUUUCUUUAUUGGGAUGCGCGUAAAGAGGAGCGCGGAGGAAAAGAGCAGACGCGUAUGUAUAGAUGCCACUGAAUGACUUUGGAGGCAUUCCGAGGAGAUACAGUGCAUAGUUUCGGUUGUCUUAAAUAUUUGCGAUGGAGCGUCUUUGAAUAUUCUUGCAUCUAAUACUGCUAUGGAUCGUCCGGAAUGAACGUCUGAAUAUACCUCAUCGAGUUUUUUUUUUUUCGCAGCGCUGUUUCUUCCACCUGCGAUUCCGCAACCCUCGUGAAACAGGAGCUCCGCUUCACCUAACGUUACACAGCCUCUAUCGGGAAGAUGACCAGCUCGUCUGCAUGCUCGUGAGAUCUGUUUGGCCUUUUUUUGGGAAUCCGAAACGAGCAAAGGACGAAUCGUUCACCUCGGAAGUGAGAGAAGAAGGAAUUGUAGCGUGCACUGAGCUGUAGCGAACUACAUCCACUCACCUCCAACCUGACACAAUGUUCGCACUCGGGAUUUAUUUGUGGGAAACUAUUGUAUUCUUCAGCUUGGCAGCGUCCCAACAAGCAGCAGCUCGGAAAGCUGCCACCCCAAUGCCUCCGUCAGAAUUCCUGGACAAGCUUAUGGGAAAAGUGUCCGGUUAUGAUGCAAGAAUCAGACCUAAUUUCAAAGACCCACAAGGCUCCAAAUCGGAUGGUACUCACAAGAAAGGUCCACCUGUGAACGUAACAUGCAACAUUUUUAUUAACAGUUUUGGAUCCAUUGCUGAAACAACAAUGGAUUACAGAGUGAACAUUUUCCUGAGACAGCAGUGGAACGACCCUCGGCUGGCCUACAGCGAGUAUCCCGAUGACUCCCUUGACCUUGAUCCCUCCAUGUUGGACUCCAUUUGGAAACCCGAUCUGUUCUUUGCCAAUGAAAAGGGAGCCAAUUUCCACGAGGUUACUACUGACAACAAGCUUUUGAGGAUCUCCAAAAACGGGAAUGUUUUGUACAGUAUAAGAAUAACACUGAUUCUGGCCUGCCCCAUGGACCUGAAGAAUUUCCCUAUGGAUGUGCAGACCUGUAUAAUGCAGCUGGAGAGCUUUGGCUACACGAUGAACGAUCUUAUAUUCGAGUGGGACGAGAAGGGAGCCGUGCAGGUAGCAGACGGACUGACUUUACCUCAGUUUAUAUUGAAGGAAGAGAAGGAUCUGCGCUACUGCACCAAGCACUACAACACAGGGAAGUUCACCUGCAUAGAGGCUCGUUUCCACCUGGAGAGACAGAUGGGCUAUUAUCUGAUCCAGAUGUACAUUCCCAGUCUCCUGAUCGUCAUUUUGUCUUGGGUGUCCUUCUGGAUCAACAUGGACGCUGCCCCUGCCCGUGUAGGCUUGGGCAUCACUACUGUGCUGACCAUGACCACCCAGAGCUCAGGAUCUAGAGCUUCUCUUCCCAAGGUCUCGUAUGUGAAAGCCAUUGACAUUUGGAUGGCAGUGUGCCUUCUUUUUGUCUUCUCUGCUCUGCUGGAGUAUGCGGCCGUCAACUUCAUUGCACGCCAACACAAGGAGCUGCUGCGCUUCCAGAGGAGGAGAAGGCAUCUUAAGGAGGACGAGGCGGGAGACGGCCGGUUCAGCUUCGCCGCCUACGGCAUGGGUCCGGCGUGCCUCCAGGCCAAAGACGGCAUGGCCAUCAAGGGCAACAACAACAACGCACCCACCUCCGCCAACCCCCCUGAGAAGAGUGUGGAAGAAAUGCGCAAGCUCUUCAUCAGCCGCGCCAAACGGAUCGACACGGUGUCGCGCGUGGCCUUUCCGCUGGUCUUCCUCAUUUUUAACAUUUUCUACUGGAUCAUUUACAAGAUCAUACGCAGCGAGGAUGUUCACAGUAUGAAGUAAAGAGAUGCGAAUCCAUCCGCCUCCACGUCCCACCGUGCCCGCCUUCCUCUCACUGCAGCGCUCUCACUCGCUUACGGUGAUGACGAGUCCCCGGCAGAGGUAUUUAUUCCUUUUUUCAUCUCUUUCUCUCCUGUCCUCCUGAAUAAUCCGGACCUGUGCAAUAGCAAUGCAGUAAAAUGCAUGAUAUAUGAAUGUGGCAAUAUAUUUACUAAAAAAAUGAAAAUGACUAAAAGUAAAUAUUCAACUUAAGAACUUCUGAACGGAUGACUGGCAAUCCAAGAGGAAAACUUGUAAAACUUUUUUUUGCAACUUGAAGACGUACUGUAUUGCGAGAAUACGGAAAAACAUUACUGCUGUAAUAUAUCCUAUAUUUAAAUGAUAAUACUUCAGUCAUUGAAAAGGAACCAUUUUUGGUCAUCUCGAGGCAGUUUGGGGCUUCCAUGAAUACACAAUGAAAAUGUUGCCGGUCCCAGAGACCGAGAUUUGCUUUGGGACACGUGUCCUGGGGUCUCACGAUGUUUCAUUCUGAUAUCGAUUAUUAAUGGGUCUUGAUGAGUGCUAGUGAAAAAUAUAUAUUUAUUCAAGCUAUGAUCAAUGUGUUCCUCUAUCUGUGCUCAUUUUCCGGUUUCGUUUUGUUUAAAACAUCAGAUUAUGUUCUGCUCAUGUGCCAAACAUCAUCCUUUAGGUUGACCAAAAAAAUGACUCCACGAUUUCAUUUAUUUAUUCAUGUGUUCACCUUUUGGAUAUAUAAGCUGAAUGAACGAACUCUAAAAUAAAUUAAAUAGUAGUAUAUGUAAAAUAAAAUAUACUUUUAACUAGGGCUGUCAAAUGAUUAAUCAUGAU